AUGGCCCCUCCUUUCCUUACAGCUCUUGACUCGGCUGGUCAUGUCCAUCUGAUUGUUGGAUCAAACCCAUUAGCCAGUGCGAGGUGCUCGAAGAGCAUUGAAGUCGCCGCAAAGCCAAAAGUCAUUGCCCCAGCGGACGCAGACUUUCAUUAUGUACUGGCAAAACGAAUCGAAGAUGGAGAAGUGGAAUGGAUCAAGAAAAGCUUCGAGGAUACAGAUCUUUCAACGCUGGGAAGGGGUGAGGUAGACAAUGUUGUAGACGCCGUAUUCGUGACCGUGAAUGGGAAGAAUGCAUUAAGCACACAUAUCUCUAGCUUGUGCCGCCGUAUGCGUGUACCAGUCAAUGUUGUGGACGCACCCAAUCUAUGCACGUUUACACUUCUUUCUACGCACGCGGAUGGACCACUACAAAUUGGGAUCACGACAUCUGGCAAGGGCUGCAAGCUUGCUUCAAGGAUACGGCGAGAGAUUGCGUCAUCUCUCCCGCCCAACUUUGGCACUGCUGUGGAACGUCUAGGUACGAUUCGGCGUCGGAUAUGGGAAGAAGACCACAGAACGUACGAGACCGAGGAGCCAGCUACGGAAGUUGAGGACGAUGAUGCCACAGCACAGAGGCCUACCUUCAAUCGGUUGGUUUCAGAGACAGAUCACAACGCUGCAAGAACACGCCGUAUGCGCUGGCUUUCUCAAAUUUGCGAAUACUGGCCUAUGCGACGGCUCGCUUCCAUUACGGAUGCCGAUAUUGAUACUAUACUGCGAUCCUACAACACCCCGAGCGAUUUAGUGCCGCCUCCAUUGGAUGCUACGAAUCCAGACACACGCAGUGGUCCCAAACCAAUGAUCAUUCUGGCCGGAUCUGGCCCUGGCAAUCCGUCACUCCUGACAAUGGCCACCCACCGCGCGAUCCAGACCGCUUCCGUUAUCCUCGCGGAUAAGCUUGUUCCAGCUCCUGUGCUUGAUCUUAUUCCUCGUCGCACCCCUGUCCACAUCGCUCGCAAAUUUCCUGGCAACGCAGACGCCGCUCAAGCCGAAUUGCUCUCACUUGGCCUGGAGGCCUUGCAGAAAGGCCAUACCGUACUUAGGCUAAAGCAGGGUGAUCCUUACAUCUAUGGACGGGGAGCAGAAGAAUUUAGUUUCUUCCGAGAAAGGGGUUAUGUUCCAGUUGUUCUCCCAGGCAUUACUAGUGCCCUUUCAGCUCCAUUGUUCGCUGCUAUACCGCCUACGCACCGCAGUGUGGCGGAUCAGGUCCUGAUUUGUACGGGUACAGGACGGAAAGGAGCUGCGCCUGACCCUCCUCCCUACAUUCCGACACAGACAGUGGUCUUCCUCAUGGCAUUGCAUCGACUUUCUUCUCUUGUUGAUGCUUUGGUUGGAGCAGGACGUACAAUGGAAUCAUCGGAAAUUGAAUCAAAACCCAAGCCUUGGCCGCGAGAAACCCCUUGUGCCGUCGUCGAACGAGCUUCUUGUCCAGACCAGCGGGUCAUACGAAGUACGCUGCAGCAUGUCUGCACAGCCGUCGAAGAAGAGGGGAGCAGACCUCCUGGAUUACUGAUCGUGGGCUGGAGCUGUGAGGUGCUAAUGGAGAUGAAAGGGACAGGGAGAUGGUUGGUGGAGGAGGGAUUCGCAGGAUUCGAGGCACCAGAACUUGGAAGCAAUGGUUCAGCAGGCUUGGUGAAAGGGAUGAGUAUAGAUGGUCCCUCGAGAAAUGAACAUUUACUACACAACAGCGAGACAUCUGCUCAAAUAUCGGAUCUGAGUGUUCAAUAA